AUGCAGGACUACAUAGAACUCCUCACAGCCGAGCAGCACGUCCAGCUCGACAAGCUCCGCGAGAGCGCGCGCAACGGCGUCCCGCCACGUGUGCGCGGGGAAGUGUGGAUGUACCUUCUCGGCGUCAUGUCGUCGGACAAGACGUCCGAGAUGACCCUGCUCAAGGCGUUGCGUACUGCGUACCAGGAGUUACCCGCCGACCUUCCCUCGGACUUGGCGAGCAUGAUCCUCCAGACGGCGUUAGCGCACCACACGCGCCGCUUCGAGAACCCCACUUACGAGAGUUUAAUUUCCACGCUCACCAGUGAACCUGCCGCCGGAGGAAUGCCAGGAUGGGGCAUAGGCCUCUCGGUGCCCGGCGCCGUGCGCAGGCCAGCCGCCAGCCCCAACCUCAUGGCAGGGAACAACGCUGCCCCUCCUCCACUAUCCCUUGAUGACGGGACAAUGGCUUUCCGUGCCAAGAGCUCGGGUACAUUACUCGUCCCUGCGCCAACCGCCCCGCCAUCACGACACACGUACCUCACCAUGCUUGAGGAGGUGCUGGGCAAGUACUGGCACGGGGUGGAGUGUAAGCCGACAGCUGCUGAGGCCGAGGACGAGAUUGAGGACCUGGACGGUGAUGCCGCGGCCAGGCCUCGUGUGCGCUGGCCCAAGGGCGUGGGCCCGCAGCCGGCCGACUGGGUCUACCUCGUCACGCCGUUCGUGUGCUGCCUCUCAAGGCCCAUAGCGAUUUACUACGCGUUCGCGAAACUAGCAGAGAAGCUCAAAACCUUCCCUCCACUUCCUUCCCGCCUCGGCACCAUGCUCGGCCUCUUCAGAGUCGCCAUCCCUGAACUGCACGCCUACUUUGAGGACGAGCAGGUGCCGAUGACAACAGUCGCCAUGAGCUGGAUGACGACGCUCCUUGCGCGCGAGAUGUGGCUGGGCGAUGUUCUUCGCCUGUGGGACUCGUACUUUGCGGCCGAGGACAUGUUCGCCCUUCACUGUUAUGUGUGUGUCGCGGUGUUGUUGACGUGUAAGGAAACACUCGAGGAGUUAGACGGGUCCGAAGCCAAACUCAUGCUCCUCGACCUCCCGCCAUUGGAUGUGGACCGCGAUGCCGCAAACCUCAAAGUGCAGUUUACGUUGCCUGGACCCGUGGAUCUCGAGUACGAGUAG